AUGUAUCUAUCUAUCUCAGUUUCUUCAUAUUUUUGUAUAUUCUUGCAUAUCUAUCUGUCUGUCUAUCUAUCUAUCUAUCUAUCUAUCUAUCUAUCUAUCUAUCUAUCUAUCUAUAAGGUAAAUAAUGCAUUUAAUAUAAAUUGUUAUGGCUUCUUUCUUUCUUUCUUUCUUUUCUUUCUUUCUUUCUUUCUUUCUUUUAUUUCCAAUUUCGUUUUCUCUUUUCUUUCUAAUUCCUUUUUAAAUCUUUCUUUCUUUCCUUCUUACGUACUUUCUUUACAUUUUUCUUUUCUUUUUCAUUCUCUUUUUUUAACUUUCUUUCUUCUUUCUUUCCUUUUUUCUUUCUUUCUUUCUUUCUUUCUUUCUUACUUUCUUUCUUUCUUUUAUUUCAAAUUUCGAUUUCCCUUUCUUCUGUUUAUUUCGAAAUAUCUAUCUAUCUAUCUAUCUAUCUAUCUAUCUAUCUAUCUAUCUAUCUAUCUAAGUCUACCCUUACCUACCUUAGGACGCUUGCGAUUAAAACAUGACUGUCCAUUAAACUCGGCCAGACUAAGCCUAAUAAAUGUCCUUGUCUUCCUCUCCCAGUCUAUCCUUAUCUAUCAACCAAAUGCAAAUAUCUAUCUAUCUAUCUAUCUAUCUAUCUAUCUAUCUAUCUAUCUAUCUAUCUAUACUCAUAUUUUCUAUUCCUAUCUAUCUAUCUAUCUAUCUAUCUAUCUAUCUAUCUAUCUAUCUAUCUAUCUCAGUCUAUUCUUAUCUAUCUCCGUUCUUUCAUAUCUUUUUAGCUACUUAAUUCAGUUUCUUCAUAUAAUCUUUUAUUCGGUUCUUUUUGCUUUCUUCCUGCCGCUCACAACUUCCCAUCUCCCAACAGAUCUCUCUUUAUCUAUCUAUCUAUCUAUCUAUCUAUCUAUCUAUCUAUCUAUCUAUCUAUCUAAGCCUGUACUUUCUUUCUUUAUGUAUCUAUAUAAAGUUUAUCCACUGAUUAUCUAUCUAUCUAUCUAUCUAUCUAUCUAUCUAUCUAUCUAUCUAUCUAUCUAUCUAUCUAUCUAUCUAUGUUCAAAAUCUAAUUCUUUCUUUUUCUCUCUUAAUCAUUCGUUUCUCUUUCUUCUGUUUUUUUUCGAAAUAUCUAUCUAUCUAUCUAUCUAUCUAUCUAUCUAUCUAUCUAUCUAUCUAUCUAUCUAUCUAAGUAUACUCUUACCUACCUUAUAA